AUGUGGACGCUGAGCGGGGUUGUCGGAGGAUGCCGAGGGCUGGAGGGCAUGGGAAGCAUGGCAGGUGAGGAGAGGAUGGCAGGAGACCUGCCAUGCUUGCCUGAGCCCAUCAGUGACAGGAGCUUGAAGGAGUCCUCAGGACCGUUUGAUGACGAUGGAGAAGUUUGCCCUCAUGCCAUGUCCUCUGCGACUGAAUCUCAGCGUCCUGCAGCUUCACUUGGAUCAUCUCCACCGGAGCUGGUUCGCUCAGGCAUGCAGCUCAAAGCCUGGUUCCCCCUGGUCGUCGUGCAGGGUGAAGAGAAUCUUCGCAAGGGAAAGUUCGCGCCGCAAGUGCAUCUUUGCUUGAGAAUGUCUCGUGCGCGUGAUGAACCAGGAAGCGAUCCUGCUGUAGCUCGACACCGCGACAUUCCUGCAGUGGCAGCGGUGGACAGGGAAGAGCGGUUGACGCAGCAAUCGGAUGUUGCGAUUCCAAGGCACAGAAGAAGCAUUGACAAGAGAGAAUCUGCCGUGAGAGUCCAGGUUCAUCGCCUUGUCACCAUCGAUCAUUCCAUGCCUGGAAGUCAGCGCUCCGAGGUCUCACCCAUCACCACCCAACCGCCGCCUGGCUUUGUUGAUGUGACAAUCCUUCAAGUCAAAAACAUACCAGUGAAGAACACACUGGAUCUUGGUGGAAUGUUGUCAGGCUUCAUGGGCUCGGUAUUUGGUGAUUACUAUGUCGAGUGUCGAGUGGGAGAUAGCAGAUUAAGAACAGCAGCUGCCUCAAACACACUGAAUCCAUCGUUUCAUCAUACACUUCGACUUCCAGUGACACAUGCCCUUCCCAUCAAACUACAACUGUUCUCGACAUUGUCUGGUGACGAGCUGAUAGGAGAAGCCAUCAUCGCCGGAUGUUUCCGAGAAGGAAAGCGGUCAAAAGCAUCUCACCGCGUUCUUCUCAGGACGAUCUAUAACGGGCUCGAUGCAAAGGCGCUGCGAAACGCGCGACAGAUCCAGGAAGAGUAUGACAAGCAAAUCCAAGAGUUUCAAAGGCUGAAGCAAGAGUACGCGUGCAACCCUAGUCAAAACCUUGCUGCGACUGACUUUGGUAUGUAA